GACAGCUUUCCAGCAUGCCGGCCUGUCGGUGCCCAAGAAGCGGUUGUCUGGUUUCUUCGAUGAAAUCGACAUGGACCAUGAUGGCUUCAUCACAUUUGACGAAUGGCGGUAAGUCUCAACUGGUCUGUGUCUUGUUGCCUCUUUCUUGUUGCUCUGUGCCUCGCUGAAGAGGCCCAAUGGGGGUCCCCUGAAGUGGAUUAUGUGUGUUUCCAUACUGCUUGUUCAAGCCUAUCUAUGUUUGAGAAGCCGUAUUAUGUCCGUGCUUGUGGGCUGUUAUUGUCAAGGACUUCGAAACCCCGGUGAAAGUUCUUGAGCCGGAUGCUGACACCCGAGUUCAAGCGAUUUCUUGCUGUUCAUGCCGAAUAACCACAACGGAUCGCCUUUGGAGGCUGCGCUAUCCUUCUACUCAUCUAUUGUCACGGUCAGCUCAGAGGGUGAUUCGCUGGUCAGUGAUGAGACACUAGAAGGUCUAGGUACGGCCGGGUUCCUUCUUCAAGCUCUCUUUGGUUCGCUCCUCAGAAUCGCCAACCCGAACUUGGUUAUCACCUCGCGUCGCCCCGCGGACGUGGAUCGCAGCUCGACUUCAAGUGCACCUGGCUCGUUUCCUUACACGGAUCAAACAUCGAGCAUACCGACAGAGAUGGCGGCAUCUUCAGCCACUGUCCGCUAUGGCCCGGCCGUCGCCAUCACCUCGCAAGUCUUGACCGACGUAGCAGUCAAGCGACCUACCCUGCAAUACGAGGGCGCCCAGCAGUCUGGCGCCUCGCAAGUUUCUGACAUUAUCGAGGAGGAUGCAGGGGAUAUUAUAAACAAACUGACAGAUCUGCUGCCUGACCCAGGAUACUUCCUCGCCGGUGCCGUCUCAGGUGGUGUCUCACGGACAGCUACCGCGCCUCUCGACCGACUCAAAGUCUAUCUCCUUGUCAACACCAAGCCCCAAACCACUGCGGCCAUUGCUGCUGCGAAAAAUGGCCGCCCGCUGGCGGCAUUACGCAACGCCGGUAGACCCAUUGUUGACGCCAUCAUGACUCUGUGGAAGACUGGUGGAGUGCGCACUUUCUUCGCAGGGAACGGUCUCAACGUCGUCAAGAUCAUGCCGGAGUCUGCCAUUCGGUUCGGCUCGUACGAAGCAUCCAAGCGAUUUCUCGCGGCUUAUGAAGGCCACGACGACCCGACCCAGAUCAGCACCGUCUCCAAGUUUGUUGCUGGCGGCAUCGGUGGCAUGACAGCCCAGUUUUGCGUGUAUCCUAUUGACACGCUCAAGUUCCGGCUGCAGUGCGAGACGGUCCAGGGCGGACCCCAGGGCAAUGCUCUGCUCCUGCGCACGGCGAAGACCAUGUGGGCAGAUGGCGGUCUUCGCGCAGCCUACCGCGGUCUUGGCCUCGGCCUCAUCGGCAUGUUUCCCUACAGUGCCAUAGACAUUGGCACGUUUGAGAUGCUCAAAAAGUCAUACACUCGGACGAUGGCUCGGUACUACGGCAUCCAUGAAGACGACAUGCACAUAAGCAAUGUGACUACCGCGGUUCUGGGAGCAACCUCGGGUGCCCUCGGCGCGACCAUCGUCUAUCCGCUCAACGUCCUGCGAACGCGUCUGCAGACCCAGGGCACCGCCAUGCACCCACCCACGUACACGGGUAUCGUCGAUGUGGCUACCAAGACAGUCCGCAACGAAGGGAUGCACGGUCUGUACAAGGGAUUAACGCCCAAUCUUCUCAAGGUCGCCCCUGCGCUGAGCAUCACCUGGGUGUGCUACGAGAACAUGAAGAGCCUCUUGCAACUCAACUGAGGGGCAAACAAAUUCACAAAAACCCUUUGGCCACCUCAUACAAAGGGAGGGUUGCUGUUAUCGACGCCCCCAGCAGAAAGCUUCUCGCAACACUGUGGCUGGCUGGCUUGGACGAGCAGGAGGAGUGAAGCAAGCAUUUCCGUCGGCGUCAGGGUAUCUAGUCUACUGCAUUUCCACAUUUUCUUUGAGGGCCACACUUAUCCAUGGCCGCGGCGUUUUUGGGUGGCUGGAAGAUACCACUUAGAGGAGCUGAACAAGAGCCUGCGACGCGGAGGGCCUUGGAUUGCAGACGGGAGCAGGAGGUGAUAGACGAUGAAGAUAUCGCAGUGACUAACUUAGUUCCAAUAUGAAAUUUCGUCCUUUCCAAA